CCUGUUUCCGGCUCGGUGGGUGACGACAUCUUGUUGUACGGAUUAGGCUAGUCAUGGUGAUAUGCUGUGCUGCUCCGAGUUGUACCAAUCGCCAAGGGAAGGGAAAAAAGGGAGACGUAUCCUUUCACAGGUUUCCUCUGAAGGAUCAUGUUCGUCUAUCUCUCUGGACAGAUGCAUUACAACGUGAUAAUUGGACCCCUGGACCAUAUUCUUUUCUCUGCAGUGACCACUUUAGUCCAGAGAGCUUUGUCCGGCGUAUGCCAGACCAAACCCCACUUCUUACAUCAAAUGCUGUGCCCUCCCUCUUUAAGAACUCUUGUGGAAGGAGAAAGAGAGGAACGGUGCUUCGUGUCUCGGGAGUAAGAAGGAAGAAAAAGGCCCCAAAAAUAAGACCAGUCCUUAUUCAGGGGAAUAAUUCUGUUGAAUUGCCUAGUGGAAAUAUUUGUGCUGAAAGCCAGAACAGUAUUAUUAUUACUGAUGAUUUCAAAGACGCUGGCUGCUUCCUUACCCAUGAUGUGUCACCUAAUAGUUCCAGCGCGUGUAAAUUUAUUUCCUGCUUACACUCCUAUAGCAGUUCAGCUAAGCCACCUCUUUCCCAGAAUGGCACCAAAGUGAACCUUUUUUCUCAAAUAAUGGAUGUCAUCAAACCAUCUCAUACACCAACCAGUGAGGUCUUGCCCUAUGCAACCAGUGGUGUUACCCCAUCUGAUGACAAAGAUUCAGACAACAGCCAUCUGUGUCGUGUAGAAUUUAGUAAUGAUAAAGGAUCUCAGAUUAUUCACACUGUCACUGCACAACAUCCAGUCUCAAUGGAGGACACUCACUGUGAAAACAAAGAGUCAUCCACAGUAGAGACAGAGGACCCCAGUUCACAAUCAGAUAUGCAAAUCUGCCCUAUUCAGCCAGAAAAUUACUCUGCCCUUUACCAAGACAUACAUUCCCUUCAUUCUUACUGCUUUCAAUCAAAACCACUUUCAGGACGUAGAAAUCAUCUAAAAAAGAAGGGGAGAAAUAUGAAAGACAGAGGUGAUCAUUAUUGCUGUACCCAGUCCUUUUUGGAACUGCAGUCUUCCCCUCCUCUGAAUCCUGUGGUUUCUCAGCUUGCUUGGAUGUUGGGUACCUGGGUGUCUGAACCUGCUGGUGAGGGGCAAUUCCCCACCAUUCCACCUUUCCGCUACAUGGAGGAAGCAACCAUCACUCACGUGGGACAGCCAAUGCUAAACUUUAUGUUCUGUGCUUCUAAUGCUGAGACUGGGAAGCCAAUGCACAGAGAGUGUGGGUUCAUCCGUAUCAAACCUGGUACCAAUCACGUGGCCUUCAUUAGUGCUCAGAAUACAGGUGUUGUAGAGGUGGAAGAAGGGGAAGUUGAAGGAGAGCAGCUCAGUCUAACUUCAAAUUCAGUCAGCAGAAUUAGCUUUGCCAAGGAGCCUCAUGUCACACAGAUAUCCCGUAAGUUCCGCCUGACCCCAGAGGGCAAACUGGAGCAGACUGUAUUUAUGGCCACCGCUUCACAGUCAUUGGCUCCCCACUUGCAUGUAACAUACAGGAAGGUGACAUCUUAAGGUUCAGGGCCAUGAUGCUGCAGGAACAUCUGUACUGUGCUGAUUGCAAACCUAUGUCAGAAUUUCCAUAUCCAAAUAAAAUGGUAUAUUUUUCCAAAAA